AUGCCAUCUUCCCAGUUUUUUGAUCUUCUGCUACCAGAGUUGGCUGCCAAUAUUUUUGUACUGUACAGUGGGCUCAUUUCUGAUAGAAUCUUAGAUGCUGCAUUUGCACCUGAAACCAAACCGUUGCUUAAAGCACCACACGCUAAAUGCCAUUUGCCAUUUCCCUCUAUGUACCAGGAAGCAAACGAAAACCUUGAAGAUGCUGGGAAUGAACUCAUCUUGUCUGAUGAAGAUGUGGUGCGUUUCCAAAUUGGGGAAGUGUUUGCCCACAUGCCAGUGGAUGAUGUGGAAGCUAAGCUAGAGCAGAUGAAAGAGGAUGCAGCCAAGAAGCUGGAGAGGCUGGAGGAAGAGAAGGAAUCCAUCCUCACACAUAUGGCCGAGCUGAAGGAGAUCCUCUACGGGAAAUUUGGAAAGGCCAUCAACCUGGAGGAAGAUUGA